CACCAGACCAGGAAGAAACUGUCAGUUGGACUCAUUUCUCGAUGGCGUGUAUGCAUGAACUGCUCGGCCUCUGUGUACACGUGUAGUCGAACCUGCUGCUUUGUCUCUGUCUGUUUUGUUUUGUUUUAACCAUGUCUGUAGUCAAAACGAUUUUAAAACUCCUCCUGUUCGCAAUAGUCACCGUCCUGGCCGUGCUGCUUCUGCGGCACUGGAUGGCCACCAAGCAGUACGUUUUUAACAAAGAAGACGUCGCUAAAUUGGCCAAACAGUACGCAGGACAGGACCAUGAACAGGCCUUCUCCAAAGUCGUGGUGGAGCUCAGAAAGAGGUAUCCUGGCCACAUCCUGCCAGACGAGGACCUGCAAUGGGUGUUUGUGAACGCCGGAGGUUGGAUGGGCUCCAUGUGUCUCCUCCACGCCUCGCUCACGGAGUAUGUGCUGCUGUUUGGUACUGCAGUGGACACAGGAGGACACUCGGGUCGUUACUGGGCCGAGAUUUCUGACACCAUCAUAUCCGGCACCUUCAGACAGUGGAAGGAGGGGACAACCAAGAGUGAAAUGUACUACCCCGGGGACACCAUCAUACACAGUGUGGGUGAGGCCACUUCAGUCCAGUGGAGCACCGGGACAUGGAUGGUGGAGUAUGGUCGAGGUUUUAUCCCCUCCACGCUGGGAUUUGCUCUGGCAGACACCCUGUUCAGCACCCAGGACUUCGUUACAAUGUUCUACACCGCCCGUGUCUAUGUCAAGGGUCUGCUACUUGAGGCUGGUACACUACUUACAGAGGCCGGCGUUUUCUGAGGCACGGUCAAAGCUUGGACACCCGCACGGGGGAAGAAACAUCCAACAUCAAAGGUUCGCCUUGUCAUUACACUACGUUAACCGUCACCACGAACAUUUAGAAUGAGGAAAAAAUCUGUGCUUGAUUAUUCAAGUAUAAAGAUGUUUACCGGGAAUUGAAGACAAUCAAAGUAUCAUCAGUACAGUACUAUAUUCAAGUUCUUGCCACCUUAAAGCUAUCCAAAAAUAAAGUGUUUGAGUCCAUUUCCCCUGUGACAUUCAACUUGCAUCAACAACAGUGCAACAUUUAACACUGCCUUGCGUAAAGGCUGUACCACUCAACGAGUCCCACAUUGAUAUCAGCAUCUUACUCCACACAAUAAGCAUUACUCUGAGAACUCAAACGGCCUACAUAGUCAGUGAGGUCGUCAGUAGUUUCUUUUUUUUUAAGAUCUGGCUUAAAGAAUGGAGACCCUUUUUUAAAAAAAAUUGCCAUAUCUAAGAUUUUUAUUCUGGGAAUAAUAAGAUAUUUGUGACCAGACGUUUGAUUACUAACUCUUUAGCAACCAAUCACUCUUAAAAAAUAAUAAAUGCUGAAGCUGUAAUUAAAAAAAGAAAAAAUAGUUGACAGCAAAUUUGGGGACCAAGGAAUCACUUUUAAAACAAUAUGCAAUGCUUAAUUUGGUUUGUAAA